AUGCUACCUAGAUUACGAAGAGUUUUUGCUAAUCGAUCUGUAUAUCUUCAAAAAAUUCGAUAUUACGGGUUUGACAUGGACUUCACGUUAGCAAUUUACAAAUCACCAGAAUAUGAUGUUUUGCUGUACAGCAACAUUAUAAAUCGACUGAUACUACUCGGUUAUCCCGAACAAUUACGAUGCUUCCCUUAUGAACAGGAUUUUGUUAUUCGCGGUUUAUGGUUCGAUCGAACUUUUGGUAAUUUGCUAAAAGUUGAUGGAUUUGGAAACAUUCUUGUUGGUGUACACGGCUAUAAUUAUCUUCGCCGGUCAGAUAUCAAGAAGCAUUAUCCGAACAAGUUCAUCUCAUUGCGACAUUUGGAAAAUGUCCUGGUGAUGAAUUCAUUAUUUGAUAUAGCCCAUACAUAUGUGCUCACCACACUUAUUCAUUAUUUCGACAACCAUAAGGAAUAUGAAAGGACCAGCGAUGGUACAGGCGUUCGAAACGGAGAUACUAUAAUAUCUUAUAAUUCGCUUGCUGAAGAUGUUUUAAGCGCUGUCAAUUAUGUUCAUAAUGAUAGCUCGCUAAAAGCCGAUGUUCUGCAAAAUUUGGACAAAUAUAUCAUCAAAGAUAAUCGAAUCAAACCACUCCUCCAACUGAUUAAUGCUCACGGAGGACGAACAUUUCUCCUGACCAACAGCAACUAUAGUUAUACUAAUGGAGUACUAAGUUAUUUGAUUGGACCAGAUUGGACAUCAUAUUUUGAUGUUUCAAUUGUUGACGCGAAAAAGCCAUUGUGGUUUGCGAAAGGUACUGUUUUUCGACAAAUCGAUACCGCUACAGGAACACCUAAAAUUGGGGUGCAUCAAGGGUUACUUAAGAAGGGCGAUGUUUAUGCUGGUGGUAAUUCAGAUGAUUUUCGUCGGUUAUUUAAUGCUCGCGACAGAGAAGUAUUAUAUAUUGGUGAUCACAUCUUUGGUGAUGUACUUAAAUCAAAAAAGACAAAAGGAUGGCGUACAUUCCUUGUAAUACCUGAACUAGUAAAAGAAAUAUCCAUUUGGUCACAACGGCAUGAUUUAUUCGAAAAAGUGGUGGAACUGACCAAACAAGUUGAAGCGAUGUAUAAUCAGAUAAAUGUUAUGUCUGCUCAAUCAAUUAUUCAAGAAGGUAACACGCAAAUUCGGGAAAGAACUCAAGAAAUGGAUAAUUAUUAUAGCAAGAUGGGUUCGCUGUUUCGAAGUGGAUCACGCACCACAUUUUUCGCAUCACAGGUGGAACGAUUCGCGGAUCUCUAUUCCUCCAGUUGCUAUAAUUUACUCUAUUAUCCCCUUUUUUACUUUUUCCGUGCACCAAUGAGUUUAAUGCCACAUGAAGUGAAUGCUGACAAAUGUAUCCGCGAAAAGAAAUCAUCUUCGGCGUCAAGUGGAGCCAGUCGAAGGAAGAAUUUCCAUUCAGGAAAGAGUUUCAAAACAAUACCACAUGUUCAAGAAGAUGCUGCAGCAGCCACUGAGGAGGAGCUUUUAGAUGAAGUCAACAACGGUGGACAGUCUUCUUCAGAAUCCGAAUAA